AGCUUUUGUUCCGGUUAACAAAAGGUUGGUGUCAGUUUACUAAUGACUGACUUAAAAGGAUAGCAACAGAGUCAAAACAGCAGUCUUUCAAGCAGAAAGGAUCGAGAGCACGCACACCGAAAUGGCUACAUAUACAAGCAUUGUUCUAUUUGUGUUCGCACACGUUUUAUCUCCAAAGUACAUAACGCUAAAUGCUGAGCAAAGUGGUGCCUCUUUGUCUCCCGAGACGUGGAGUUCAAAGGAAUUGGAACGACUUGAGGAGUUUAUUUUACGAAAGGAAAAGAAUUUUCGCAGGCCGCUUUUGUACAGUGAGUGCGGUCUAGUGGCGGGAACUGACGAUGCGCGCGCUGUACACGCUGGCGCGAAAACUCUGGAAAAAGGCGGGAACGCAAUGGAUGCCUGCAUUGCUACGGCUUUAACUGACGUAGUCCUAUCGACGGGCUCUACGAUAUCGUUUGCUGGUGUCGCAAACAUUCUGUACUACAAUCGACGCACGGGGAAAACCAGCAAUAUCGACGCCAGCUGGAGGCUACCCAAUCUCCGCACAACCGAGGAUGUCCCAACACUAGAAACACUAGGGGACUCGGUUCUAGUCCCAGGAUUAAUCGCGGGGGUGUCGGAGGCGACAGAGAUGUCAAAAUUCCCACUUGCGAAACUUAUUGAGCCUGCUUUGUAUUUUGCUGAGCGGGGAGCCAAGGUGUCGCAUGCGUUGGGCAAGAUGAUAAAAGCUUUCUAUGGAAAAACUCUUAACAAGACUAAGCAAGGUCGUACGACAUUCACAAACCCAGCAACCAACAAACCAUAUAAGGCAGGCGAGACAAUACACCAGCCGCACCUAGCGAGAUUCCUUCGCCGCCUCUCAGUCGAAGGGAAGGGGUACUUUUACCGUGGGGACUGGGCCGAGAAGCUUGUUGAGACGGUUCAAAAGCACGGUGGAGCGCUGAACAUCAACGACAUGGCUGAAUACCAGGCUGAUUUUCCAGAGCCUGCAGUGGCCGAUUACAGCGGUCAUCGCAUUGUGACAACCUCAGUGGAAAAUAAUGAAAAUGAGCUGAGGGAACGAGUUAAUGCUUUAGAGAUCGCGAAGUUUUGGGAAACGAAUGAUACUUAUUUGACGAAUGCUACUAAGCUGACAAAGCUCGCAGCGAUUUCUCGAUUUAGUAAAUUUAUUUCGUGGUAUUACGAGAACGGCGAGGAAGCAGAGAGAAUAAUCAGUGAGUAUUUUAAUCUCGACGCUUCUCCGAGAUACCGCGGAUCAAAAUCAGAGGCAAGAUCAUUUUGGCAAGGGGUCUCUGAGACUGAAGCGCUAUUGGGCGCUAAUGAAAAAAUAUGGGAAUUAUUAACCGUUACCCCGGAUGCUACGGACAACAAAUACCGACAUUCAGCAUCGGGUAUUGUCGCUGUAGACUCGCAAGGUAAUAUUUGCUCCAUGUCCCACUCUGCUAAUAGCAGACCAUGGGGGACUGGGAUAUUCGUGGAGGGCGUGGCUUUGCCUCACUCUGGUGCAACGUUCCCGGAUGUUGUUCAGCGGAAACGGUUCGGCACGCGUGUACCGUCGGGUCUUCAGCCUGUCAUUGUGUUCAAGAAGAUUUUUAAAAGGAAAAGUAAGACAACUGUGUCGACAACGGUUAAGCCAAAAACUGAAAGCUUGGAAAUGAUUGACGUCCCCAUAUUGUCCAGGUUAGGAGUUGUUAAUAGGCGGGAAGGAAAAGGGUUAAAUGAAAUGCCUGGUUUGAUCGCAAAUAGACGCAAGCUUAGUCUUACAAAAAGGCGGGAAGGCAGAAGGUUAAAUGAGAUGCCUGGUUUGAAAGCAAAUAGACGUAAGAAAAGUGUAACAAAAAAAGCGGAAAUCGUUAGAAGGCUAAGCUACCGCAUGGAAAAGCAUAGAAGCAGAGUAGAUUUGGCAAGUGACUUGAAUAAAAGACGAAAAGCGCGGAGCGAGCCGAGACUUUAUAACCCUUCAUCUGGGAGGACGAUGUACUCUAAAGCGCAAGUUCAACAACGAACGCAUUGGAAGUCUCGUAGUAAUAUGCAAUCCACGAGAUCUGCGACAGGGAGGAAUUCAUCAAAGUUUAAAUUCGGGAAACAAAAGGUAAGAAUGAUGGAAGGAAGACGGAGACAUCUGAAACGCUUUCAUUGGAUGGUACAAAAAAACAAUAACAAGAGGUUAAGUAAAAUCAACGUUGAAGUUAGAAAUGUCCAGGAAAAUGUCCCUAAAAAUUUCCAAGAAAAAAUUACAGGAAAUGUCGAGGCAAAUGUUCCUGAAAAAGAACAAGAUAAAGGUGGAGAGAAAAAUUCCCCGACGGAAAGACAAAGCUCAAAUCAUGAUAAAAUUGCGAACAUGUUUAUAAGAGGAGUGCCGAUAAAUGCGGAUCCUGUUACGACUCCAAAAUCCAUCGCGAAAUCGAUGAGGACUAAAGUGAUGGAUAGAGAUGCCAUAAAACAGAUACUGACUGAGGCUGCAUCGAGUACAAUAACAACUCCCACAAUCACACAGAAUACAGGUCGAAGAUAUCAUAGAAAGAAUAUUAAAACACCAUGGGGGAUAUUAAAACAAAAGUUCAACCCAACAGCAAUAGCAACAAUAGGGCCAACACCGAAUACACAAAGAACAAAAGAACGAAAGAAGGAUGUUAACAGCUAUCAGGCAAGGAAAACGUCACUAUGGGAUGAGCUAACUCUAAAGCCGACUACAGAUCGGGUUAUAACCGCACUAGGUGUAGCUAGAGUGCUUACACAAAGUACAACUCCACCAAGGCGAGAGAAGCAAAGGUAUCAGAAAAAAACGGCAGCGCCCACAAGCCCAACCGCUAGAGAUAGGAAGUUACUAGGUGUAGCUAGAGUGCUUAAACAAAGUACAACUCCACCAAGGCGAGAGAUGCAAAGGUAUCAGAAACAAACGGCAGCGCCCACAAGCCCAACCGCUAGAGAUAGGAAGUUACUAGGUGUAGCUAGAGUGCUUACACAAAGUACAACUUCGCCAAGGCGAGAGAAGCAAAGGUAUCAGAAACAAACGGCAGCGCCCACAAGCCCAACUGCUAGAGAUAUUAAGAUACUGGACGGAAUGGAUCCGGAAAUUCAAAAAAUCAUCGAGAACAAAAUUAACAUAAAUAUGGUAAAUGGAGAGGACUUGGAGGCUAAUAGUAAGAGUAAUGUGAGCCUGGAUUUGGGGAAUGAGGAUUUGGGGAACGCAGAGGAAAUUGAUGAGAGGUUUAAAGUUCCUUGGAGGGUACCGAGUGAAGAUGCGGAUGGGGAUUUACUGGAAACGGAUGACUCACCCGAGGUCCAUAUUUACGGCAUUGACAAUGAGAAAAACCUCAAAGGCCCUGAAUGGUUCAAAAGUUACAUACGGGAAAUCCUGUCAAAGGAAGAGAAAAAGGACGACCGUGAAAGGCGUCAGCUGAGAAAGAAAAGCUUUGUUCUCGAACCAGUUGCGGCGUUCGCUGUGUCUGGCCAAUCGAUUGCGGAAACCACGCUACAGUACCUGACAAAUGUACUGGACAGCGGUAUGAACCCAAAACAAGUACUCGAGAUGCCGCUUUUUUACGACUCGAGCCCAGACUCUCACCGUCAGGACGUAAGAGUGGAGAAGUUCUCGUUUGAUCAGGGAGUGCUGGCGAAGGCACGUAAGCAGGGUCAGAAGGUAACAGAGGUUAGCUUUAGAGUGGUUAGGGAGGUAGGGACAAGAGGGGCAGUGAUAGUAAUGGAGGGAAGCCGGGUGUAUGGCAGUAGUGAUGGGUAUGCAGAAGGGUAUCAGCAGGACCAGAAAAAAGAUGUCGAAGAACAAGGUGAUUCCUAGAAUUAUAGAGAAUAGUGGUGGAAGAACAUAGUGAUAAAGAAGAGUAGAGGAAGGGCAUGAUGAUUCCUAGAAUUAUAGGGCAGAGUGGAGGGAGGGCAAGGUGAUUUUUAGAACUUUAGAGAAUAGUGGUGGAAGAACAUAGUGAUUCCUAGAAUUAUAGGGAAUACUAAAGAGAGGGCAUGGUUAUUCCUAGAUUUGUAGGGAAUAGUGGAGGGAGAACAUAGUGAUUUCUAGAAUUAUACAGAAGAGUGGAGGGAGGGCAAGGUGAUUCCUAGAACUAUAGAGAAUAGUGGUGAAAGAACACAGUGAUUCCUAGAAAUAUAGGGAAUAGUGGAGAGAGGGCAUGAUGAUUCCUAGAAUUAUAGAGAAGAGGGGAGGGCAUGAUGAUUUCUAGAAUUAUAGGGAAGAGGGGAGGGCAUGAUGAUUCCUAGAAUUAUAGGGAAGAGAGGAGGGAGGGCAUGGUGAUUCCUAGAAUUAUAGGGAAUAGUGGGGAGAGGGCAUGGUGAUUCCUAGAAUUAUAGGGAAGAGGGGAGGGAGGGCAUGGUGAUUUCUAGAAUUAUAGGGAAGAGUGUAGGAAGGGCAUUGUGCUUCCUAGAAUUAUAGGGAAGAGGGGAGGGAGGGCAUGGUGAUUCCUAGAAUUAUAGGGAAGAGGGGAGGGCAUGGUAAUUCCUAGAAUUAUAGGGAAUAGUGGAGGGAGGGCAUGGUGAUUCCUAGAAUUAUAGGGAAUAGUGGAGGGCAUGGUAAUUCCUAGAAUUAUAGGGAAGAGUGGAGGAAGGGCAUUGUGCUUCCUAGAAUUAUAGGGAAUAGUGAAGGAUUUACAUGAUGAUUCCUAGAAUUACAGUGAAUAGUGGAGAAAGAAAACUGUGAUUCCUAGAAUUUUAGGGAAGAGUGGAGGAAGAAAAUGGUGAGAAAAGUACAAAGAAUAGUGGUUGUUUACCAUUUAAUCGGAAAUUCCGGAAUGAGCUCCCAGUUUUUCCGGAAUGGCAAAAUGGUAAGAAAAAGUUUAUAUUAUAUAAAAGUCUAUAUUCCAGAAUUCACGGGGUGAGUUAUGUACUAUUUGCUUCUGUACCCAGAAAUUCUACUUUUGGGGUCCUGGGGAAUAGUGGCCGAUGGGGGCCUCGGUCAAAUAUUGUCAUGAGAAAACGGCAAAUGGUACACGAUUUUCCGGAAAUUCUGGUAUACCCGGUGAAAGUGGACUACCUCUCAAGCAACUCCAAAUUUUCCGGAAAUUUUCAAGUGGGAGGAAUUUGUACCAUUUACAAAAUAACCAAAAGUGCCAUAAUUUCCGAUUAAAUGGUAAACAACCAGUGUUUACUAGAAUGGUGUUCCCGUGCAAACUGCUGCGACACAAAGCUUAUUAAGAUAUAAAAAUUAUCAAUCUCUUUCUAGCAGAAUAGGCAAAGAACAUUAUAAAAAUUUAAACAUUACGUUGUUUGAAAUGGUUUGGUUUUAUCAAAUGAUUAUGACAAAACUAAUGCAACAGUAUAGGCUUUAGCAGAUUUAAAUUACAAAGCAAAGAUAAGUAUAUCAUAAUUUAAGCUUGCUUAUGAUGGCUGGUCCAGAUACGUCAGCAAAAAAAAAAAAUAUAACGAAAAAUUAUACGUUGUCAUGGUUAUAUAUUGAAUAUUAAAAUAUCUUAACAUUU